GUAGGCUACGUCACGUGGCGCGCCGGGGGGCCGCGUUCGUCGCGGGAAGGGAAGUAGGUCCUACGGCGGCGCAGCUGGGCUCGGCGGCUCGGCGAGGUGGAGGGCGGGGGUUUGCGGCCGGUGGAGGCCGCCGCGGGGCGCCCGGAAGAUGCUGCCGAGCACUUCGGUGAGCUCCCCGCUGCAGGGGAACGGAGCGCUGAAUUCCAGGGAUGCGGCGAGACACACGGCGGGAGCGAAGCGCUACAAAUACCUGAGAAGGCUUUUUCGCUUCCGGCAAAUGGACUUUGAGUUUGCCGCCUGGCAGAUGCUCUACCUGUUCACCUCCCCGCAGCGGGUGUACAGGAACUUUCACUAUCGGAAGCAGACGAAGGAUCAGUGGGCCAGAGACGACCCCGCUUUCUUGGUGCUGCUAAGUGUCUGGCUGUGUGUGUCCACUGUGGGAUUUGGCUUUGUGCUGGACAUGGGAUUUUUUAAGAUGAUAAAGCUGCUCCUUUGGGUUGUGUUCAUAGAUUGUGUGGGCGUUGGUCUUCUCAUCUCAACUCUAAUGUGGUUUAUCUCUAACAAGUAUUUGGUGAAACGGCAGAGCAGAGACUACGAUGUGGAGUGGGGCUACGCCUUUGAUGUGCACCUGAAUGCUUUCUAUCCUCUCCUAGUCAUUCUGCACUUCAUCCAGCUGUUCUUCAUCAACCAUGUCAUCCUAACAGACACAUUUAUUGGAUAUUUGGUUGGAAAUACUUUCUGGUUGAUUGCUAUUGGCUAUUACAUCUAUAUAACCUUCCUGGGUUACAGUGCAUUGCCAUUUUUGAAAAAUACAGUAAUUCUUCUCUACCCAUUUGCACCUCUCGUUCUGCUCUACGGGCUGUCACUAGCACUAGGAUGGAACUUCACCCACACACUGUGUUCCUUCUACAAAUACAGAGUGAAGUGAAAAAAGUGAGACUGUACAUCUUAACUGUGUCAACAGUAUUGGUGAAGAGAUUUCUUAGGAAACUUGUAAAUAAACUCUUAUUGUAGAUAUCUUGGUGUAAAGUUUGUGAAUUUGAGGAAAUAUAUGUUAGCACUAUUGUCAUACAUUCCUUAAAACGAAUUAAAUGUACAUUUCUAUAAUAAAUAUUUUUAAACUAAAGCAUGUAUUUUUUAUUCUAAUACUUGCACAUAAAAUUAUAUACAAAGUAUUAAAGGCAUGAGGAAAUUAGGUAAAACUUUUCAGUGUGACUCCUUCUUCAAAGAGCUUCUGUUUGAAGAACAUCAUAACAUGCUCCCCUUUCCCCUGUUACAAGGUACUUAACUCAGCCUCCAUAUACUGUACUGGCUGUAUUACACGUAUUGGCUGUAAUACUCCAUGGGCUGCGUUUUAAACAUUUAUGCAGGGUGUAGGGUGUGUAUCUUAGUCUAACCUUCAGGCCCUAAAUAUCUUUAAGAGCAUUUUCUCCGCUAAAAAAGCACACACUUCUCGAGUGAAGAGGCCCGUGGUGGCCGCUCCUCAUUGGAGCUGUACAGACACACAGUGCAUGAGUGUCUGCAUCAUACAGAACCACCACCGUUUUCUAAAACCCACAGAGGAUCCACUGCUGUCUUCUAAUUGAAAACAGUUCAAAUCUAUUAUUAUAUCAGUGUUACAACCAAUAAAAUUUGCUUCAUGAAGUCUUACCUUUUUUUUUAUUAGAGGGAAUCUUGGAUUCAGCAUGGAUUUUUAAACAUCUUUAUUUCAAAUACACAUGAUCGGUGUGGCACAAACAGGGAUGAAAGGCACAGUCAACAGGACCAGUUAUUAAGUUAUAGCAGCAAAUUUGAAAAUAAUCUUCCUUUGAAAAUUUAAGAGGUACCUAAAAUAUUACUACAGGUAUUACCCAUUCAACCAAUGACGACAUUGUAAGGAAUAUGUACAAUACGUUAAGGAGA